AUGCCUUCACCGCUGCCCAACCCGUCUCUUCCGCUGCCGGUCACCUCGUCGCCUCCAGCGACCACCACGACCAUCGCCCAGCUCCUGCCCACGCCCCCCGCCGUCCUCACCCCAGAGGAGGUGUCCGGGGCGCUGCGGGCCCUAAUCCAGGCGGUCCAGGACAUCCACCUGUUCUUGGCCGCGUCCUACGGGCCGCACCCGGUUGCGCCGCCCGUCGCCACCACCGCGCCGCCGUGGCUGCCGCCGCACCAGGCGGCCUACGCCGCGCUCGCCGGCCGCUACCGCAGCCGCUGCAGCUACCAUCCACCGCCACCACCACCCCGCCCUGGCUGUAGUGGCAGUCGCCGCUCCUGGCGGCCUCCGCCGCAGCAGCCGCUGUUGCUGCCCCAGGGCGUCCCCGCCACGCUCGCCGGGCCGUUGCAGCUGCCAUCCACCGCCACCACCGCCCCACCCUGGCUCCAGUGGCAGCUGCCGCUCCUGGCAGCCUCCGCCGCACCCGGCUCUCCGCUGCAGCAGCCACCGCCGGUCAGCUCCGGCCCCGCAUCGACCGCGCCGGUGGGAGUCUCGAUCCACCAGAUCAAGUUCCCGUCGUCGCCAUCACCGCUUCCCCAGGGCGUCCCCAUCCAGCAGAUCACGUUCCCGCUGUCGCCGUCACUGCUUCCGGCUUGGAUCACAACCCGCCACGUGUCGGCGGCGGUGAGGCUGCAGGCUGCUGUGCGCGGCCUCCUAGUGCGUCAGCGUGUGCGGGAGAUGUGUGGUCUGUAG